AUGGAUCAUUCUAAGCGAAACGGCUUCCUGCGUGUGGUACACGGAAAUUCAAACCCCCAACUUGCCGAAGAAAUCUGCUCAUGGCUUAGGAUUCCCGUAACAGUCAGCCAAGUGGGCACUUUCGCCAACGGCGAAACCAGCCUGAAGGUACUUGAGUCCAUCCGAGGCGACGACGUCUUUGUUGUGCAGCCAACCUGCUCCAAUGGCUCCUGCAAUGUGAACCAGGCCGUGAUGGAACUUCUGCUUAUGAUUCACACGCUCAAGCUUUCCUCGGCCCGUCGGGUGAUUGCCGUUGUUCCACACUACGGCUAUGCCCGGCAGGAUCGCAAGCACACCGGACGCGUCCCCAUUAGCGCCUCGGCGGUGGCCAAGAUGAUCACCGAGUUGGGUGUCAACGGGGUCGUGACCAUGGAUCUGCAUUGCCCUCAAAUUCAGGGCUUCUUUCACGGCUGCCCUGUCGCGGAUCUGAACGCGACCACCGAGUUCUCGACCUUCAUCAAACAAAAGGGAUUAGAUACCGACAAAUUGGUCGUGAUCGCGCCGGAUGCCGGUGCGGUGACGCGCGCUCGCCGGAUGGGGGAUCGCAUCGGGGCGAGCCGAAUCGCGACGAUUCUCAAGCGCCGUGUAGUUUCGAAUCAGGUGGAAUCGAUGCAGCUCGUGGGCGAGGUCGACGGCUGUGUGUGUAUUAUUGUAGACGACAUGAUUGAUACCGCCGGAACACUGUGUAAGGCGGCGGAGUUGCUGAAGGAAUACGGUGCCAAGCAGGUCCUGGCUUUCGCCACUCACGGGAUCUUCACGGACCCGGCCUGCGAACGGAUCACCAAAUGCGAUGCCUUGACGAAGGUGGUCGUCACCAAUACAAUUCCCCAGAAAGAAUCGACCGCAAAGUGCGCGAAGAUUAAGGUCAUUUCAAUAGGUCGACUUCUGGCAAAUGCUAUUCUCCGUCUACACUCCGAGGUCAGCCUUGAGAAGGUUGAAAUGAUUACUAUGCAAAUGUCAAAUCCGGACCUCCAGCCGCUAGAGUUGUUAGUGGAGGAGGAUCAAUGGCCUCAAACACAAGAAGCAGACCCCGAUCCUUUAUCCUAA